AAUGGGCUAAGAGUACCAAGCUGUCCAAUUGAAAUCUGGAUAAUGAUAUUGCAAGAUAAGGACCUUGGGUUUCCCUUCCCAUAUUUAUAGCCUUCCUUGCGUUUGCAUUUUCAUACUCAACUCACUAAAACAUCAUUUAACAGCUUCUUUUUUAUUCCUUCCUUUCAGUUUACUAACAGUUUCUCUCAUCAAUGGCUGCUUCAACAAUGGCUCUUUCCUCCCCAUCCUUCGCCGGACAGGCAGUAAAACUGUCCCCAAACGCCCCUGAGCUCAUGGGAAAUGGAAGAAUUUCCAUGAGGAAAACCGCCAAGCAGCCCGUCUCAUCCGGCAGCCCAUGGUACGGCCCAGACCGUGUUAAGUACUUGGGCCCAUUCUCCGGUGAGCCCCCAAGCUACCUCACCGGUGAAUUCCCCGGUGACUACGGCUGGGACACCGCUGGGCUCUCAGCUGAUCCCGAGACCUUCGCCAAGAACCGUGAGCUCGAGGUGAUCCACUCCAGAUGGGCCAUGCUUGGUGCUCUUGGAUGCGUCUUCCCUGAGCUGUUGGCCAAGAACGGUGUUAAGUUCGGUGAGGCCGUUUGGUUCAAGGCCGGAUCCCAAAUCUUCAGUGAAGGUGGGCUUGACUACUUGGGCAACCCAAGCUUGAUCCACGCACAGAGCAUCUUGGCCAUCUGGGCUACCCAGGUUAUCUUGAUGGGCGCCGUUGAAGGUUACCGUAUUGCCGGUGGGCCGCUCGGUGAGGUUACUGACCCAAUCUACCCUGGUGGUAGCUUUGACCCAUUGGGUCUCGCUGAUGACCCAGAAGCUUUCGCUGAGCUCAAGGUUAAGGAACUCAAGAACGGCAGGUUAGCCAUGUUCUCAAUGUUCGGAUUCUUCGUUCAGGCUAUUGUCACCGGAAAAGGUCCCUUGGAAAACCUUUCCGACCACCUUGCCGACCCCGUCAACAACAACGCAUGGGCAUACGCCACCAACUUUGUUCCCGGCAAAUGAGGGGAUUUAGUUGAGAUUUGAACUUUGGAUUUGUACUCCUUGUGUGAAUACUUGGAACCACUUUAAUUUACAGGAUGUUGUUUUGUUUGGCUAUAGUGUGGUGGUUCCUCAUAUGUUUUUGUGUUGGUGUAAAUUGGUCAAGAGCUAAUGCAUAACAUGUGAGUUGUGACUUGUUUUAAAAUGUGGAGCUCAUUAAUUUACUAAGCAUAAAAUUCACUAUUUGUUCUAACUAUUGGUUACAGUAAUUUAUAUCUUGUUUUAGAAUUUGUGUUACACGCAUACAUAAAGAGAGUAAGUUUCUCCAUAAUAAAAACCUAUGCGCAUUGUGACAACAUAAUUUUUUUUCCCCAGAAUUAAGAAGAGUUUUUUUUUUUUUUUAAAAAAAAA